AUGGCGAUAACUAGGAGAGCAAACACACAGGACCACCAAGCCGAAGAGGAAGAACAUGUUGAGGUUGUUGACGAAACGGAUCUUUCUAAAGCCGUUCGGUUGUUGAAACAAGAAAUGGAGGUUAUGAAACAGCAACGAGAAAAGGAUGCAAGGGAGUUUUCGGCCUUGAGAGCCGAAAACGAGGCGUUAAAAAAAUCAAGAUACCUCAUGGAGACCUACUCAGGCCACAAACACCCAAACCCAAGGGUCGUGACGUUGAGUACAACGGAUGAUGCCGCCUUGUGCCGGAUUUUCCCAACGUCUCUCAAAGGCAGGGCCCUGAGUUGGUUCACUCGGCUCCCUCCUAACUCAAUUGACUCGUUCAAUACUUUGUCUUCUCAAUUCACCAUCCAGUUUGCAACGAGUCGCCCUCACAGCAUGACGUCCCUAUCUCUGGUCGGCCUUCGACAAGACAAGAAAGAGUCACUCCGAGCUUUCAUGGAUCGGUUUAACAAGACAGCCUUGGAAAUCCGAGACCUCAACCCCGCCAUGGCACUUCAUCACCUGACAACAGCCUUGAAGCCAGGCCCGUUCGUCAAUAGUAUUUGUAAGAAACCCCCUUCGGACAUGAAUGAUCUACGAAUGAGAGCCGACAAAUACAUGCAAAUGGAAGAGUUGGCGGAUUAUCGUAAUCAAGCCCGCGCUGAGCCAGUAAAUAAGCCAGAAAAGCAAACAAAACAUCCAUUCAGAGGCCGAGGAAAAGAAAUAGCACUAAGAGAUCGACCCAUGCGUGGGCCGAAGUACUCCAAUUAUACACCCUUGAACACCAGCAGGGCAGCAGUACUAGAACAAGCUCUCGCGUCCGAAGUACUUGCAGUACCGAAGAGAGCUUCCACACCACCACGGGCUAAUACCAGCAAGUCUUGUAGGUAUCACCGUAACCGUGGUCAUUCCACCGAAGAGUGUGCUUCUUUAAAGGAUAAGAUUGAAGAUUUGAUUAAACAAGGCCAGCUUCACAAUUUUGUGGAUCGGUCUGGAUCAUCUCGGCCUCGCUCUUCAUAUCAACCUAGACACCAUGAUCGGCAUACGCAGGAUCGUUCUGAUAGGCCUCGGCAUGAGAGGAGCAGGUCACGAGACAGGAGGGAUGACCCGACGCCUUCGCAUCGGAGGGUCAUUAACACAAUCACAGGUGGAUUCGCGGGUGGGGGCUCAACUUCCUCAGCCCAAAAAAGGCACCUACAAGCCAUCCGAUCGGUUCACGCUGUCGAUAGGCAACCUUCCCGAAGGUUGCCAACUAUAACAUUCACUGAUGCCGACUUUCAAGGUAUUGAUCCGGUGCAGGUCGAUCCAAUGGUGAUCAGUGUUGAAAUUCACAAUUGCAUAGUCAAGAAAACACUGAUCGACCAAGGCAGUUCGGCGGACAUUUUAUAUUGGAGUACCUUCAAGCAGUUGGGUAUUUCCGAAAUGGAAUUAAACCCUUAUGAUGAUCCCCUGGUUGGUUUUGCAGGAGAAAGGGUAAGUACUAAGGGGUAUAUUAAACUUUUCACUCGUUUCUGUUUUGACGAACAAGAAAGCAGGGAAAUUCAAGUAAAGUACAUUGUGGUAGAUGCUAAUACGUCGUAUAACAUCCUCCUCGGCCGACCGUCAUUGAACAUGCUAGGGGCAAUUGUCUCGACACCGCACCUAGCAAUGAAGUUUCCAUCCGAUAAGGGGAAGAUCAUCAUGAUUCAUGCCGAUCAGAAAGCUGCUCGAGAGUGCUAUUUCGCUAGUUUGCGCAUAUCUCCGAUGGAAGAAAGAAAGUCAAAGUCCAAGAGGGUUCAUGUUGUUGACCCUUCGGCAUCGGUUGAGGAGCUAGUUUGGGACCUUGACCCGAGAAUGAAUGACGAAGAACAUGUUGAGCCAAUUGAAUCAAAGGUUCAGCUACAAAUCGGGCCGCAUCCAACUCAAGUUACGUACAUCGGUGCCGAUAUAGCCAAAGCAGAUCGUUCCACCCUAUGCCGUGUGAUAAUGAAAAACAAAGAUCUUUUCGCAUGGACACUGUCCGACAUGCCCGGCAUAGACCCAAACGUCAUGUGUCACAAGUUAUCAAUUUGCACCGAGGCAAGGCCAGUGGCUCAACGUAAAAGGAAAAUGGGAACGGAUCGAAAACUUGCAGUUGAAACAGAGGUUGCAAAGUUGCUUGAAGCCAAGUUUAUUCGAGAAGUCCACUACACACUUGGUUGGCAAAUGUGGUAA